UAAAAUUGACAAUAGAUCCAGCCCAUAAUAUAAUAAAAUUGCAAUAGGUCCAAUCCAUAUUUACCCACAUUCAAAAACCUUAUCCCAAAUUCCCAGCGCAAAAUCACACACCUUUGAUUCGCGCAAAAUGGCGACACUCCGCCAUUCCAUUCACCUCCCCUUUCCUUCUCUUCACCUAUCUUCAAAAUCUCAUCAAACCCAAAAUUUUAAUUAUCCAAUUUUCUCAAAACAUCCCAAAAUCACCCUAAAUCAAACCCGAUUCAUCCUUAAAGCCGCCGAAAAAGAACCGGAAAAUUCCACAAUUACAAACCAAGAAGCGAGCUCUGAGGAGCAGCAGUUAUCGGAACUUGGCACGGAAAUCAAGAAAGCGAUGAAGGAGAGAGAUAAGGUUAAAGAAGAUUCUGGAUUUUUUAGCGGAGUUGUGGAUGAAAUCGGGCAGAUUGAAUGGCCCGAUUUUGGGAAAGUAGUUGGUAUCACUGGUGUCGUUUUGGGCGUAAUUGCGGGUUCUAGUGUCGUUUUGCUAACUGUUAAUGGUGUUUUGGCUGAGCUUUCUGAUAAGGUGUUUGCUGGCAAAGGUGUUCAGGAUUUCUUUGGUGGGUAAACCCAAAUCCGAAUAUAUGAGACCCGUACCUGAUUGUAUUAUCUGUAAUUUUGUUUUAUUUGAGAAAUUUAUAAUAGUGAGAUGAAUGUGCGAUUCACAUGUAGUGUUGCAUACUUUUGAUUUUAGAGUAAAUUUCACUCUACUUUGUCAGUAAACUGACCUUUUUAAUUUAUGAAAAGAAUUGAUGUCAUGAUAUGAUAGAGUGGGAUUCAUUCUGGGA